AUUUGAUUAGGCCAUUACAAUUAUACUGUGCGUUAAAUUAAUAUUUAAUUAAGUAUUUCUCAUUAAGUCUGUAAGCGUUAGGCAGUUAAAUGUUCAUCUCGAUACAUUCAAAAUGAUUUUCCUCCUUUAUAUUACAUCAUUCUCGCUCAUCAUCCACGCCGCUCAACCCUACAUCUUACUGACGGCAAACUUGGACGACCUACACAACAUCGCCAAGGAGCUGGUCCAGUCCCCAGUCUCCGACCAGAUAGGCAGCCUCAUCAGACGGGCGUACGGCGAACUACAAAAGAUUGACUUACUCCGCAACAAGCACCAGUUUCAGCCGAGAGCUGAAAAUGACGAGGAUGAUUUCAGACGUAAUAUUAAUAUAGAAGAAGCGAAGUCUGAAAUAGAGAAGACAACAGAGCCUAAGAUCAUAAAUACAGACGAGGCAGCGAAAAACGAGAAGGAGAAGGAAAAAGAAACCUAUUACAUUAAAUCCAUAAACAAAGUCUUGGAAAAUGUGAAGUAAAACGCAAUUAAAAAUUAAUUUGAA